UUCUAGAAAACACAGAAAGUUUAUAAACCGGGAGCAGAGACCUGAUGAGAACCCACGGCGGAGAACACACCAGCCACAGGGCGAGAUCCCGGGACCCUCCGAUGCCCAGAGGAUAUGUGGAGGAGAAGUGGGUGUGGGACAAGCAUGGCCGCUCCUUGGCCACUGAGCUGUCCAUGUGCCAGAGGGCCGUGUACUUCCAUACAGACCCGGUGCUGGAGAGCUGCGGUACCGCGGGGGUGCGGGGAAGCACAGGGUUUAUACAGGGCGAGCAUUACUGGGAAAUCGAGUUCCUGGAGCCCCCUUCGGGACUUUCUGUUAUGGUCGGCGUCGGGACGGGCAGAGCGUCGCUGCAUGCUGGGAAUUUCGAGUACAUUAACUUAUUGGGGAAGGAUGCGGAGAGCUGGGGUUUGUCGUAUAAAGGCACGGUCUGGCACAGAGGGAGCAGCCGUCGGUACACGGAACCGUUCUAUGAGAGCGGAACCGUGAUCGGCGUACACGUGAACCUGGAGGAGGGGACCCUGACGUUUUACAAGAACAGACAAAGCCUGGGCUUAGCGUUCACGGGGCUGCACAAGGUGCCGUCGCCGUUGUAUCCGAUGGUCUCCUCCACGGCCCCCGGGACGGAGCUGUUGCUGGGGUUACGGUGUUGCCCGAUGCCCUCCCUGCAGGAACGUUGCCUCAGCACCUUGGCUCACACCUUGGCACAGAAGGACUUGGUGGAUCUGCUCCCUCUGCCCGCGGCCGUCAGGUGGAAACUCAAGAGCUGGAAGGAGGACCAUAACCCGGAGGUCCUGGAACACGCCGUCUAACGUGUGACACGUGAUGGACACGGCGGAGAAGCUCUUUG